UGCGCGAGGCUGCGGGCAGCCCCCGAGAAGCUAAGGAAGGAGCAAGAGGCGGGAGGAGCGGCUGCCCCGGAGCCCAAGCGUUGAGGACCAUGACAGUGUUUUCUGCAGAGUCCCUCUCCGGUCCACUGUUCCAGAGGCUUCCCUGAACUAUCCCCUAGCGGGUCCGCCCUCAGGUGAGGUCGCGGGGUCAAGUCAGCGGCCGGGAGGAGCUCGGGAGCACGUACGAUUUAGGAAUCUCCUUUAGCUUGGGGCUGAAGGGCCGGCGGAUCUUGCAGAGGCGAGGAGGACUCCUCCUUCUGCUCAGUUUGGCUUAUCAAUGCUUGAGGGAAAAAUGGCUGAUAUUAAUUUGAAAGAAGUGACGCUAAUAGUCGGUGUGGUUGCUGCCUGCUACUGGAACAGCCUGUUCUGUGGGUUUGUUUUUGAUGAUGUUUCAGCAAUACUGGACAAUAAGGACCUACAUCCAUCCACACCUUUAAAAACUUUGUUUCAGAAUGACUUCUGGGGAACUCCUAUGUCUGAGGAGAGAAGCCACAAGUCAUACAGGCCCUUAACAGUAUUGACAUUUCGCUUAAAUUAUCUACUUAGUGAGCUCAAACCAAUGUCUUAUCAUCUCCUGAAUACAAUUUUUCAUGCUAUUGUUAGUGUGGUAUUUCUUAAAGUCUGCAAACUUUUUCUGGACAAGAGGAGCAGUGUGAUUGCUGCUCUGCUUUUUGCAGUGCACCCAAUCCAUACAGAAGCAGUAACAGGCGUUGUAGGAAGAGCUGAACUCUUGUCAUCUGUCUUUUUUCUAGCUGCAUUUUUGUCAUAUACUAAAUCAAAAGGACCAGAUAAUUCCAUAGUGUGGACCCCAAUUGCACUGACAGUGCUUUUAGUGGCUGUUGCAACCUUGUGUAAAGAACAAGGAAUAACAGUUGUCGGAAUUUGUUGUAUAUAUGAAGUAUUUGUGGCCCAAGGGUAUACUUUGCCAUUAUUAUGUACAGUUGCUGGCCAGUUCCUCCGUGGAAAGGGUAGUAUUCCCUUCUCUAUGCUGCAGACAUUGAUAAAGCUCAUUGUCUUGAUGUUCAGUACAUUGUUGCUUGUUGUGAUUAGAGUCCAGGUGAUUCAGUCCCAACUUCCAGUAUUUACGAGGUUUGAUAAUCCAGCUGCUGUAAGCCCAACCCCUACCCGACAGCUAACUUUUAACUACCUCCUUCCUGUGAAUGCUUGGCUUCUACUGAAUCCCUCAGAGCUCUGCUGUGAUUGGACCAUGGGAACAAUACCACUGAUAGAGUCAUUUCUAGAUAUUCGGAAUCUUGCCACAUUUGCUUUCUUUUGCUUUCUGGGGGCUUUGGGAAUAUUCAGUCUCCGAUACCCUGGUGAUUCCUCAAAGACUGUCCUAAUGGCACUUUGUUUAAUGGCAUUACCAUUUAUUCCUGCAUCAAACCUUUUCUUUCCUGUUGGAUUUGUUGUUGCUGAGCGAGUACUGUAUGUUCCUAGCAUGGGGUUCUGCAUUUUAGUAGCCCAUGGAUGGCAGAAAAUUUCAAACAAAAGUAUACUGAAAAAGCUAUCUUGGGUUUGUCUGUCCCUGGUGAUACUGACCCAUGCCUUGAAAACACUCCAUCGAAAUUGGGACUGGGAGUCUGAAUAUACAUUGUUUAUGUCAGCCUUAAAGGUGAAUAAAAACAAUGCCAAAUUAUGGAAUAAUGUGGGCCAUGCUCUGGAAAAUGAGAAGAACUUUGAAAGCGCCUUGAAAUACUUCUUGCAGGCUACCCAUGUUCAGCCAGAUGACAUUGGUGCCCACAUGAAUGUAGGAAGAACUUACAAAAAUUUAAACAGAACUAGAGAAGCUGAAGAGUCUUACAUGGUGGCCAAAUCACUGAUGCCUCAGAUUAUUCCUGGCAAAAAAUAUGCAGCCAGAAUUGCCCCUAAUCACCUAAAUGUUUAUAUCAAUCUGGCCAACCUCAUCCGAGCAAAUGAGUCGCGCCUAGAGGAAGCAGAUCAGCUGUACCGACAGGCGAUAAGCAUGAGGCCAGACUUCAAGCAGGCGUACAUCAGCAGGGGAGAGUUGCUUUUAAAGAUGAAUAAACCUCUCAAAGCAAAGGAAGCAUAUCUUAAAGCACUGGAGCUGGACAGAAACAAUGCAGAUCUGUGGUACAACCUGGCAAUUGUUUAUAUUGAACUGAAAGAACCAAAUGAAGCACUGAAGAACUUUAACCGGGCAUUGGAGCUAAACCCCAAACAUAAGCUAGCGCUGUUCAAUUCAGCUAUUUUAAUGCAAGAAUCAGGUGAAGUUAAACUCAGACCUGAAGCUAGAAAACGGCUUCUGCACUACAUAAACGAAGAGCCACAAGAUGCUAAUGGCUAUUUCAACUUGGGCAUGCUUGCCAUGGAUGACAAAAAGGAUGCUGAAGCCGAGAGUUGGAUGAAGAAAGCCAUCAAGUUACAACCUGACUUCAGAAGUGCUUUGUUUAACCUGGCGCUCCUGUAUUCGCAAACCGCUAAGGAGUUAAAGGCAUUGCCAAUUUUAGAAGAGCUGCUCAAAUACUAUCCUGACCACACUAAGGGUCUCAUUUUAAAAGGAGACAUUUUGAUGAACCAAAAGAAGGAUAUACCGGGAGCCAAAAGGUGUUUUGAAAAGAUACUAGAAAUGGACCCAAGCAAUGUUCAAGGAAAGCACAAUCUUUGUGUUGUGUACUUUGAAGAAAAAGACUUACUAAAAGCUGAAAGAUGCCUGGUUGAAACGUUGGCAUUAGCACCUCAUGAGGAAUAUAUUCAACGCCAUUUGAGUAUAGUCAGGGAGAAAAUUUCCUCUUCUGGUAUUAUGGAGCAGCCACCAUCCCCAAAUGAUAAGACGUCAGGUACAGAAGAAAGAGAUGAAAUCCCUUCUGAGGAUGUAAAAGAAAUGACAAGUGAAUCCAGACCAGCACAAAUCAUAAAAACAAAUGAUCAUAAAAACUCUAAAUCCAACAAGCAAUCAACAAAACAUGCAGACAAAGAGGCCCCCCAUAAAACAGCAAAAGAGAUCAAAGAAAUUGAGAAGAAAAGAGUUGCUGCUUUGAAAAGGCUGGAAGAGAUUGAACGGAUUCUAAAUGGAGACUAAUACUGCUCUGUAUCAUGUAACAGUGGUGUCAGAGACCUUCAGUCUAUUUCAUGUGUUUGCUUGUAGUAGAAACUGAAAAAUACUGGUGUUUCAGAAAUUGCAUAAAAUCCUGCAUAUAGGAUCAAAACGAGAUUUUCACUGAAGACCUCUCUGGCCUAGGAUAUAUGUCUUACAAGAUGGGACACAAAUUUUAAUUUGGGUGACUAUAGGCGAAAUCUCAAAUUCCAGGUGAAUUGAAACU